AUGAACUACCAAUACCGUUUUGGGAAUUCCUUCGCCUCCGCGACAAAGACACUUUACCAAGACGGUGGUCUCCGGCGAUACUAUCAAGGUAUCGGUGCUGCACUUGUCCAAGGGCCGGUCUCGAGAUUCGGAGACACGGCAGCUAAUGCCGGGAUCCUCGCGUUGCUCCAAUCAAACUCUUACUUGAAAGACCUACCUUCACCUAUCAAGACCAUCUUCGCUUCAUUAUGCGCUGCCGCUUUCCGGAUGAUCCUCACACCUGUCGAUACUCUAAAGACGACCCUCCAGGUGCAAGGUGCAGGCGGGACCGCCGUGCUUCGUCAGCGUAUCAAGAUGCAUGGAGUAGGCAGUCUGUGGUGGGGUGCCUUUGCCACCGCGGCUGCACGUUCGUGGGGCAUUAUCCUUGGUUUGCUACCGUAA